CCUUUGCAAAUAAAAUAUUGAUAUUAAUGAAAGCCAAAGUGCAUGUUAUCAAAACACACGUAUACGAGCCAAAAAUAUAUUUGAAAGUGAUUUGAAACGUGAUUUAAUGUUAUAAUAUGCAAAUGUUGACCAGCUGGAGAUUAACAUCGCUAUCAAUAUCAACAACAGUGCAAACAGUGCCAUGAAAUGCAAAUAAAAUGUAGAAAGUAAACAGUGGCACCUCAAGUGAAAUUUAAAGCAAUAUAUUUUUAUUUUCUCGUGUGAUCUUAUUAUUUUGAUUUGGCAUCGGCGGCGAAUGGGCGCCGCUGCCACCACAACCGCCAUCUUCGCCGUUGCCCUGAGAUUAUGGCCUCCCUACAUUCCAGUUGGCGUUUUGGCAAGAAAAGAAUGAAGCAAUUACGCAUUAAAGACUCGCAGGAUCCGGAAGACUUUUAUCGUUUGGACUCAAAAAAAUCGGCGGCAGAAAAUGCCUAUGACAUAUACGCGAUGCUCAGUGUGGAGAAGACCCGAGACACAAAGCGUCUGUUCCUGCUCAAUGCGCUGGCCUCGCUCUGCCUGGCGGCCAACACGGGCUCACCGCACAAUAAUCUACGCUUUAGCACCGAGGAGCUGCUCUACUGCCUGAGCGCCUCGUUGGUGCACACAUUCACGCAGGUGCGUGCGGCUGCAUUGCGCACGAUUCGGUAUACGCUGAGAUCGUCAAAGGAUAUCAAGGCAUUCAAUUCGCUGCAGUUGCAGCAUUUGUUAUGCCGCUCCAUUGAUCUGAUGCUCAAGAACGAUGAUGAGCGCGUUCAGGCAUUGAAAUUGGUACGCAAAAUGCUUGCGAUUGCGCCGGAGGAUAUCAGUCCAGUGGUGAUCAGAUGCCUAGUAUCGCUGGCCGACAGCGGCAUUGAGGAGAGCGAUAAUCUGUUGCGUGCCUGCCUUGCAACGCUCGCCGAAAUCGCUGUACUCAAUCCGGCGCUGCUGAUUGUGUGCGGUGGCGUUACAUCAAUCACCCGCAACGUACUCGAGUGCCACAAUCCACGCAUCGCCGAAAGUCUGUGCGGUGUGCUGCUCUAUCUGCUCGAAUGGCCCCAGACGCGCAACAUUUGCGGUGUCCGACUCGAUUGCCUGGCGGCGCCAUAUUGUGACUUUACUUAUCGAUUAGGCAUCAUGGACAAAAACAAAGAUGCUCGAGAGUUGCGUUACACCAGCUGCCGACUGGCGUUGCUUUCCGUGCUGCGCAGCUGGACGGGCACACUCGAAUUCUGUGAUCCAAGCAAACCUUCGGGUUUGAAAGCAAUAGUGGACGCUUUAUAUUUAAAUCAAAUUGAAGUUCGAAAAGCAAUAUUGGACUUGCUUUACGAGCUGUUAUCGGUGCCCCAACCGAGUUGGACUGAUGAUUAUGCGGUCGCAUUGCAAACGGUUGAUCCGUCCGAUUUUCAGGACUCGUGGCUGCUUAGCAAUGGCUUCGUGUCCGCCGAGGGACGCUCCAUCUUGCCUAGUCUGGCCGCACGGGCGCCCAAUGUGGUUGAACAGCAUUUGGCGCUGCUGCUUUACUGUUUCCUAGAGACGGGACUGCUCAACGCACUCGUUGAGGUGGCCGUUGGCACCGAUCAGUUUGUAUCGGUGCGCGCCACCGUAUUAAUUGGCAAAAUCGUUCAAUUAAUGCAUACACAUUUGCCGGCGGAUAUAUGCAGCACGAGUCCAGCGCUGCCGACGCUCAUCGCAUAUGCCACCCAAGGCAAUCAGCAGGCGAAUGCGGCUGUCGCCGCCCUCCAAAACUAUCAGAAAAUGCUCCGCCAGCGUCCGGCGUCGUGCAGUCUAUUUCUCGAUAGUAUUAUACAGGGCGGUGCGCUAAUACAGACGCGUCUCUUUCGCCGCAACAUCAAUGCCCAGGAGUCGAGCAUUGCGCUACAGCUGCAGGAUACGGCUGGGGCAGCCGCUGCCGCCGUGGCCGUUGCAUCAUCAUCCGCUGGCGUUUAUCGGGGCACACUGGACAGACAGCGUCUGGACUCGGUCUCCUCUAGUGAUGAGUCCAAUUCGCAGGCAUCGAGCUCGCUGCGCUCCAGCUUUCGAUUGAAGCGCAAGUUUCUGCCGCAGGUAUUCAAUAUCGAUAAUAUUCGUGCCUUCAAUCGAAUGCUGGACGAAUCAAAUGUGCUAAGCCAGGCGGACGCCAAGGACUGGGAUUGGGAAGUGAUUAGCACGCUGCUGAGAUCGAAUUUAAUACGCAAACUGGACUACACUCAGGGCAAAUUCCUAAAUAAGCUGCUAAAACGUCUGGUGGACUUUUUCAAGCCAAGCAACAAUCGUUUCUCGCAUCAGGAUCUUGUGCCCGGCCAGGCACUGCCAGCGUAUGUGAGCACUGGCCUCGACCUUAUCGAUGUGCUCCUCAGCAGCAGUGAGUUGGAAUGCAUGCGAUACAUAACGGAUUAUUUCUCGGACAUUAGUCAGCAUCUGUUGGCGGUGACGACUUCAAGUCGUGCUCAUGAUUGCCUGUUUAGUCCACAGCAUAUGAACAACACAAUGUGCCAGCAGUAUUUCCUUUACAUUGGACGGAUGUGCCGCAGCAGCAAGGGUAUCGAGGUUCUUAAGAACACAACCGUAUUCGAAUAUCUGAUCACAUUGGUACGUCAUACGGAUCACGUUUGCUAUGUGAAGCUGAUUGUCUCGGGACUCAACUACAGCUGUCAGAAGCUGCCGCAACAGGUGCUGGAGAAGGCGCUAACGCUGGCCAAGACGCGCAGUGGUCGCUUGUAUGCCACACAAUUUUUGGCUGUGCUGCUGCGUGCCCGUUUGCCAAAUUUUGAAGUUUGGGGCAUACCGUUGAUCAUACAGCAGACCAAGGAUGCGGAUCGGAGUGUUGUGCUGGCCGCCAUGGAUGUGCUCGAGGAGGCAUGCCACGACAAAUACUAUCUGGAGGAGAUUGUCAGUCUCUGGCCAAAUCUGAAGCAGCUGGGCGAUGUCGGCCGUCUGUUAAUGUCACGCUUCUAUUCGCUGUCACGCGGCCUCAACAGCAGCGAGGCGCACAUCGAGGAUGAGAUCAAGUAUUGGCGCAAUGGCUACAACAAGCGCUAUGUCCUCCUUGUCGAGGCCGAUACACACGCCAGCCUGACGCUGCACGUCCGCAACGAGGAUGGCUACUACUCGCGACGCAAUUGCAAUCAGCGGGCACAGUUGGUGCCGCCGAAUAUAGCGCCGCAUCUCUAUGGCCAGAUGGUGCAGACCACACAGGGCAUGACAGCAUUACGCAAUCACGCCGAUCUCACCAAGCUGCUCGAUGUGCUGACGCGAGGCAAGACCAAUGACGAUCUCGAAUGCCUGGAGCUUAAAGCGGCCAUUUGGGCACUUAGUCACGCCUCGACGCACUCCAAUGGCAUUGAAUACUUUGAAGAGCUCGGCUCCAGGCUAUAUGAGAAGUUAAUACUGAUGGUGACCAAGUGCGAGGUGUAUUCGCUGCGUGCCACUUGCUUCAGUGCAUUGGGCCUAAUUGCUGGCACUCAGGCAGGCGCCAACGUUCUCUUCAAGCUGAAUUGGCUCAGUGUGCGUCACGACCGGAACACAAUGUGGCCGGUGCAUCAGCCAGAGGAUUGGAUGUCCAGUCAGUUCACACCGGUUCGUCAUCACUAUGAGGAUAUGCCGCCGUAUAAUUACACUGGCAUCGAGGAUCAAAUCGAUGCUUCCUACGAGACGGGCAGUUGCUGGAAUCUGCAGGAUGCAAACACCACCACAACGACGACGACGGACAGUGUUCGCACCACUGCCGACGAGCUACAGUUUAGCAGGCCGCUAAACAUUGGCGCAGUUGCGGCUAAGUCGAAAACGCUGCCAGAAGGCAGCAAUGUGCGUCAGGGCAAGCAUCAGCGUUCGCUAUCCGAAUCCAAGACAACGGAUGUCAUCAGCCUGCUGGGCGGCGGUGGUGUUGGUGGCGGCGGCGGCGGUGUCGUUGGUGGUGUCGGCGGCGGCGUUGUCGGUCCCACUCCGCUCGUUGGAUUCUGUCCAAUGCACACGCUGCAUCAGCAUCAACAUCAGCAUCGCAUACGUUACAAUUCAUGCACGGACUCGAACACAUCCGGCGUCAGCAGCUGUGAGUCGGUUACGGGGCGAACGGCUGCCUUGGCCGCUGCUGCUGCUGCUGUCAACAUGGGUGACUUUCAACAGUUCCCGCUGAGUCCCAUACCAAGCAUGUCCAAUCUGAUGGAGCUGCCGACAAUGCAAGCGGUCAAACUGCUCUAUCGCACAUCCCUGAUGGGCAACAGUUUUCUGCCGCCAGCUCUCAGUGCCCUGGACAUGAAGGGCUAUGCCCAGUUGCGCUCCCUGCGCGCCCACAGCCGUCCCGUGUUCGCCUCGACGGCCGAGCUGUAUGACUUCAUCGAAAUAGCUGAUCGAGGCGAGGUGCAGCCACGCAAAUACUCCUGGGGCGAAUCGAGCCGACGGAUGAAGGUGCGCAGCCUCGAUCGACAAACGAUGUUCAAUGUCUUCACACGUCUCUCGUCGGAGGAGUUGCAGGUGCCGAUACCAACAUUAAAUGUGCCCAAAUUUCUGCCGUCAAAUGAUCUACAGGGUCCUUGCUAUGCGGGCAUCUGUUUGCCGAAGAAUGCGCUCGAUUUGUUUCCAACGCGCAAUCUGAGCCGUACUUAUGUCUCAUGUGAUAUCAUCGAUCAGGAUCUGAUGGGGCUCAAUCUGUUGAAUGUGCGACCGCAGUUCUCCACAUUUCUCAACGAUUCCAUCAACAACGAGGGCGGCGACGAAUCCUCGGUAAUCUCCUCGCUAUCCGAUGUCUCAUCAUCGGCCAGUCGACGACCGUCCAAAUGGCAGCAGGGCGCCAAGCAUGCGCGCAGCCAGUGCCUUCAUUGUACGCGCUCACGUCGCCAACAGCAGCAGCAGCAGCAGCAACAGCAACAGCAACGAUUACAGCCGCAAGAAACCAGCACCAUAAAUGGUGGCAACAGCACAAUGGUGGCACCCUGUGAGCUUUAUAGCAGCGCCGCUGCUGCACUGGUCGCCGCUGGCAUUCAGGCUGGUCCGGCACUGGCGCGCAAGAGCUCGUCGGCGGGCAAGGGCAGCGUUGUCAGUUCCAUACAGCUGGCGGAUAUGAGCUUCCAUUCGCCGGAGAGCAUAUUGAGUGACGAGAGUCUGCCGGACAAGCUAACCGCUUCCAUACUGUACAAUGUGCAGCGACUGGCGAAUCCGGUCAGUGCGAAACAAUCAAAGAUGGCAUUGCUGGAGCUCAAACAGAAGCAUCCGCCGGCCUUUCAGGAUAUCUGCCUGUAUUCGGAAUCGUGCAAGGCUCUGGGACGCAGCAGCUAUCGGAUGAGUGCGCGACGCUUCCUCCAGGAGCUGUUCCUUGACCUGAACUUUGAUACGUUCUAUGUGGAGCCGCAGCUGAUAAUUGGCGCUCGCAAGCAGCCCGGCGAUGAGCCAAUGGAAUCCACACUUGCCUCUGUGGCGGCAAACUUACUAUUAACCACAUCGACAACAUUAUCAACAGCAACAACAAGCUCAACAUUAUCAUCAUCAUCGUCAUCAUCAACAUCAUCAGCAGCAGUAGCAGCAGCAGCAGCAGCAGCAGCAGCAUCAGCAGCACCAAAUACAACAUCAUCAGUAGGAGUAGGAGUAGCAGCAGGAGCAGGAGCAGCAGUAGGAGUAGGAGCAGGAGUAGGAGUAACAACGACAAAUCCCACAUUGAUGUCGCACAAGGCACAGCUGAAAUCGAAGCAGACGGCCCAGCUGGCGAGCGUCUAUGAGACGAGCUGGGAGAAUCUACUGAUGGAUCAGUCACCGCGUCAAGGUGUCUAUGUAACGCCGGUGCAAGCACGAUCAGCGUUGCAGCUGUCGACGUUGCCGAAGGCGGAGGCGACACACAUUGAGCUGCACAUCCAUGAUGAUGAUGAUGAUGAUGGUGAUGGCAAUGGCAACGAUGAUGAUGAGGAUGAUCUAUUUAGUGACGAUGCUGAUGAUAACGACGACAACGAUGAUAACGAUGAUGAUGAUGAUGCCGGUGACGAUGUCUGCGAUGGUGGCAGCGGUGCGGGCAGCACCCAGGCCAGCAGCGUCACAACGGCAAACACCGCCCUACCCGCCGCCCACAGCAAUCGCAGCAGCAUCGGCACCAUCAGCAGUCAACCACAGCAAACACCAUCGACCUCGUUGUCAACUGCCGGAACUGUAGCGGGAACAGGAGCGGGAGCAGCAGCGCCCGCUGCUAGCAAAAUGGAAAAUGAUAAUCGUCAAUAUACGCGCGGACGUUUCUAUACGCUGGAACUGGAUCUGAGCUGUACGAAGAACAAGUUUCCCAUUACCGAUCGCAAUCGAGCAACGACAGCGGCCACAAAGACGACGGAACAAGAAGGUGGCAAUCCGCCGGAAAUGUUGCCGCUAUUAAUGCGGCAAAUUAGUGCGGAUACCAACACGGAUGGCAUCACCACACUGAGUGGCACUGAUUACUCAAAAGUCACCAAGAGCCUGGCUGCAUCCAUUGCCAAGCCGGUGGGCAGUUUGUAUUGCGAGAAGCGUUUGCAGAGCUCAAAAUCGGAGGCGGUGCUGGAUGCGGGCACCAAAGGCAAUGGCAGCAUCUGACAGACAGACAGCAGCAGCCAGCAGCAGCAGCCAGCAGCGUUGACUAAUCUAAUUGGACUGAAUGAAAAAUGUAAGAUGUAAGAUUCGGAGCGAUCUCCGAUUUGGUUAUUCUCUUGAUUUGCAUUCGCUGAGCAAUUUAUGUGACUUGUGCAUAUAUCUCCAUAUGCACACACAUACAUGUAUGCUACAUACAUAUGUACACACACACAGAGACACACAGACCCAGACCCAGACACAGACACACACACACACACACACACGGACACAAUUCAUACACACACACACACAUACGCAUACAUAUAAAUAUACAUAUACACUAACUAUAUAAUAUGCUAAGUUCUUUUUCUGCAGUUUUUACGAUUACAAUUAUUGAAUAAAUUGUUUUUUUUUUAAGAAAUCCAUUAACGUUAAGUGACAAACAUAAUCCAAAAAUAAUCUAUAAUUUUUUUUUAUGUAUAAUAAUCAACAAAUGAAGAAAUGAAACAAACAAAAAAAAAAAAAAAAAAGCAUACCCAAAAGCAACAACAACAAAAACCACCGCAAUUUAUUUAUUCAACUGUACUUAAAUAAUAAAAGCAUAAUAAAUAAAAAUAAAAAAUGAAACAAAAAACAACCGUUACAACAAAUUAAAGAUUGUAAAAGCAAUUCAAAAACGAAAUUCAAUAAAUACAUCCCCAAACCAAUUGAAA